AUGGACGUACCUACUUCGACACUUAUGCUUCGUGGACUGACGUCGUCAACUACCGAGCGCGAUGUUCGGCGUACGCUCGAUAAUGAGAGAGCGAAGUAUACUGACGUACGUCUUGUCCGUGACAAAAAGAGUGGUAGAUGGAUCGGAUUCGUUGAUUUUGUAUCAGUAAACGAUGCUAAGAUGUUUAUGCGAGACUGUCAGGGAGAAAUUGAAGUUCGCAAAACAAUAAUAAGACUCACUUAUAGCAAUUCCAAAGACAGACGUGAUGAAGAGUACGAUGACGCUUCUCCAACUAUAAUGUUACGUGGAAUUCCCUCUUCACUCGAUCACCGUGAUAUUCGAGAUGCUCUGGACGAUGCUCGUGUCAGCUACUUGGACGUACGUGUUAUAAAAGAUAAGGCAACAGGUAUAUCGAAGGGCUUCGGUUUUGUGGAUUUCGCUUCUGUCCAUGAAGCAAGGCGUUGGAUGGAUUAUCAAAAAGGCAUAUUUCGCGUCCGGCGUUACGAAAUACGACUAAUGUACAGCACUCCACGUAACCAGCUUGAUUCAUUGAUCCAUCAUUCAGGGGAUGCACCUGGUUUGCUUGGUCCUUCAAGCUUUAUGGUCCGUUCACCUGCUUUAUCAGAAGUUUCUACCGGAGACUGGAUAUGUUCAAGGUGUUCUAGUCACAACUUCAGAAGACGGGAUCAGUGCUACAAGUGUCAGUUACCGAGGUCUCAAGUACAAUCUCUAACGAAUUCAGUUGAUGGUGUUGAUCUAAUUGGUACAACUCCAUGCAAUACUCUUGUCCUGCGUUGUUUGGAUGCACUAACUACUGAAGAGGACAUUUGUCAGGUUUUUCAGGAUAUAGCUGAUGUGAAAGUUCGCCAGUGUCAUGUAAUGAGAGACGAAGUGACACAUGCUUCUAGAUGUUUUGCGUUUGCAGAACUUCCCACGGUAGCCGAUGCGUACAAAGUCAUGGAUAUUGUGAACAAGGAGUUCAAGCUUUUCGAGGUUGGAGGAAAAGCAGUUACUGUCUCCUAUGCAAAAAAUACCUUCAACACUAUUAUGGCAACGCUUAAAACCGAGGGGUCUUAUAAUGCACAGUUGAAUAGUAGUCGUAACUUGGCUUUAGACUUGGCCCAUGCUGCUAUGGCAGCGCAAAAUAAUAAUAUAUCACCUGAUACUGUGGCAAUGAAUGCAGUUGCCGCAUCAGCAUUACUUAGCCAGACUUCAAAUAAUGGGGCUGCUGUCGCUCAGGCAGCUAUACAACAAAAGCAGACAGAACAACAUGUUUUAUCGGCUCUCACAAAAUCUCUGCGUAAUCAUGCAGAGCACACAGUCUCAUCUAGCUAUGUACCUUCUAUGGCGGCUCUUGCUGCAUCUGGUCAACAGCUUCCACCUCCAUCGUUCCCUUUUAAUGCUGCAACAGCAACAUCUACAACAUAUCCAUUUCCGGACACGUCCAAGUAUAUAUAUGAUGAGUCCACUCGAUUUUAUUAUGACCCUGUAACCGGAUUAAUGUAUGAACCAAACUCUAAGUAUUUUUACGACCGUGCAAGUCAGCAAUAUUAUUACUGGGAUCAGACGAAAAGUACAUAUCUUCCAGUGCCACAGUCAAAUUCACAAUCCAAUACAGUUGAUACUGCGGCUUCUGAUUCACAAACUGAUGUCCUGGACACUUCCAAAAACAAAGAUGAUCGUGGUAAAACUGCCCAGCAAAUAGCAAGAGAGAUGGAAAAGUGGGCUAAAAAAAUGAAUGCUCAGAAAAAAACAUCAUCUAGUACCACGCAGCGCACUGAUGUGACAGUAUCCGAGGCUAGUAAAACAGCAGAUACGGGUUACGCCAUUUUGGAGGCAUCUACUAACAGUGCACUAGGCAGCGAUUCUCGAACACCUGAAUCUGCCAGCUUAGUCGCUGAAUAUGGUGGUGUUGAAGACAGCGAUGACUCAGGCCAGGAUGAGUCACAUGGCGACCGACAAGAUUCGCUCCUAUCAUUGAAUUCUGAAGCUGAAGCAAAAGUGGCGGAAGAGGAAAGCAACUUUUAUGUCGGUUUUGGCAAUUUUACAUACAGGGCUUUGGAUUGGGCUAAACUAGCAUGCAUGCUAUGCUCUCGGGGUUUCAAAGAUGCUGCAACACUUCAAAAACAUAGAGCAUUUUCGGCUCUACAUUACGAGAACCUGAAUAAACUCCGUGCAAAAUAUGGAUUACCUUCUAUUCCUGCUCCAACUCCAGCUCAAAAUCCAGAAGCGUCAUCUAAUCCAAACCAACCUAAAAAUUCACUUUCGAUAGCAUCACUAAUGCAGAUAGGUGCUCAAGCAGCCAGUAAUCAUGCGAAAUCAGUAGCGUCCAGACAAGUUUCUGGUCGACCAAGUGCAUCAGGACAAUAUCGAGACAGAGCUAAGGAGCGUCGUGAAAAGUAUGGUAUUCCAUCACCUCCUAGGAUGAAGUCUGUUGAAGAUCAAGUAUCAACUGCGCAAUUAGAUCAAGAUUCAUUCGUUCCUCCACUUCCACCUAUGCCACCUCCACCUCAGUCUGCCCCAAACGUGGGCAGUCGUCUCAUGGAAAAGAUGGGUUGGCAGGCUGGACAGGGUCUCGGUCGAAGCAAUCAAGGCCGAACUCAGAUAAUUGAAGCUGAAUUUAGAGAGGCUGGCGUCGGCUUAGGGAUCAAAACGUCUAAACGUGGUCCUCAGUCAGACAAUUAUAAAGACAACGUCAAAAGGGCAAUGUUUGCCCGGUUCCACGAGUUGGAAUAA